UGGUGCCAUUGUGGAGCAGACCGACUGACCACCGCUCCCCCGCCUCUAUCCCAAAACUGUCAUCCCGAGCGUGUUCGCCUCGCAAUCCCUAAACGGCCGGAUGGUGAGAAGACGUGCGCGUUGCAACAUGGUGGCGUGAGUGACUUCCAGUGAGGGCAGACAUCACUCUCCCGAGGCAGGGAGACAUCCAGGGGCAAGUGGGGGGACGACGUACAGACAACCACUGGAAUCUGUGACAUAUUCGACGCGGAGGAACCUCAAGAGUGAACAUACGGACGGAGACUUGGGAGGCGAGACACGGCGGCGUUUUCCACCCCCUUCUUCCCGUGUUCUGUCGGCAACAGCGCCCCCCUGCUGUGGAGCACAGAGUCAGGAGGCAGCAGGUGCAGCUGAUGCAAAGGCUUUCUAGCAGGCAGGGCGAGUUGGGGCACCCAGAGGGAGAGGAGCCGCGGGAACUCCAGCAAACACUGGAUCAGAACUCUCAAACGGCGCGGGUUUAGAGGGAGACUGGACCUGAGCCAAAGCACUCAACAUACCUUUGCCUCAGCCAUGUAUGUGACCUGUCUGGCGUUAAACUAUGGAAAGCUCUCUGCACCCACCAUCACUAGUCUCCAAUCUUUGGACACAACCCCAAAAGCUUAGUUAGCGGCUGUGCUCCUCCCCUCCAGUUCUUUCCGACCAGGGGACAAAGAAAAGGAGUGGGCCUAUCUAAGUCCUCCACACACGUGCAAUUAAUAUAAAAAAACCAACGUUUUUUGUUCCUGUUUGCGGGGUGAAACCAUAUCAACAUGGAUCUGGACUCGUACUUGUGGAUGGUCAUUUUUGGCUUCAUCAUAGCCUUCAUUUUGGCCUUUUCCGUGGGCGCCAAUGACGUGGCCAACUCCUUCGGGACGGCGGUGGGGUCCGGCGUGGUAACGCUGAAGCAGGCCUGCAUUCUCGCCUCCAUAUUCGAGACGCUGGGCUCCAUGCUGCUGGGGGCCAAAGUGGGCGAGACCAUCCGCAAAGGCAUCAUUGAUGUCAAUCUGUACAACGAGACGGUGCCUGUGCUCAUGGCGGGGGAGGUCAGCGCUAUGAUGGGCUCUGCAGUGUGGCAGCUCAUCGCCUCCUUCCUCCGACUGCCCAUCUCCGGAACUCACUGCAUUGUGGGCGCCACCAUUGGCUUCUCUAUGGUGGCCAUUGGCACCAAGGGCGUCCAAUGGAUGCAGCUGGUUAAGAUCGUGUCGUCUUGGUUCAUCUCCCCCUUGCUGUCUGGACUCAUGUCUGGAAUCCUCUUCAUUCUCAUCAGGAACACCAUCCUCAAUAAGGAAGACUCUGUUCCCAAUGGCCUGCGAGCGCUGCCCCUCUUCUAUGCUACCACCAUUGGGAUCAACACCUUCUCCAUCAUGUACACUGGAGCACCAUUGCUCGGGAUAGAGAUGCUACCGAUGUGGGCCAUCUUUCUCAUCACCUUGGCCGGGUCGCUGGUGUGCGCGGCUCUGGUCUGGUUCUUCGUCUGUCCAUGGAUGAAAAGGAAAAUAGCAAGUCGUCUAAAGAAAGAGCAGCAGGCCUUGUCCAGGAUCUCCGAUGAAAGCCUGGACAAGAUCCCUGAGGAGGAGGAGGAAAGCCCCGUCUUUAAAGAGCUGCCCGGGGCCAAGGGCACGGAUGAGGCCGUGCUGCCGCUCACAGGAGGCAGCAGCGAAAGGAACGCGCGCACCUCCAACAGUGAGCUUGCCAACCUGGCCAACGGAGGCCCUGUCAUGCCCAACGGCAGAGUUUAUGGUCGCACCCACUCGAUGACCAACGGCUGCCUCAAGUCGCCAGUCUCCAACGGUAGCUUCACCUUCGACGGCCACAUGCGCAGCGACGGCCAGGUGUACCACACCGUACACAAGGACUCGGGUCUGUAUAAAGACCUGCUGCACAAGAUCCACCUGGGCCGCAUAGACGACAACGAGCGGCCGGGCGCCAGCGCGGGCCAGCCCGACAACAACUACCGCCUGCUGCGCCGCAACAACAGCUACACCUGUUACACGGCGGCCAUCUGCGGCAUGCCCGUGCAGCCGCUCAUACGCACCGAGUCGCGGGACGACAGCGAAAAGCUGGUGGGUGAAGGCAGCGGUGUCCGCAGCAACAGCGUGUCCUACUCCAAGAAGCGGGUGCGCUACGACAGCUACUCGUCAUACUGUAACGCCGUGGCCGAGGCGGAGAUCGAGGCGGAGGAAGGUGGCGUGGAGAUGAAGCUGGCCACCGAGCUGGAGGGGGUGGAGGAAGAAGGUGGUCCCGCCCCCGAGCCCCUGGAUGACUUGGCUGAGGAGGACCACGAGGAGAAAGACAAGCCUGAGGUCUUCCAGCUUUUCCACUUCCUGCAGAUUCUCACCGCCUGUUUCGGCUCCUUCGCUCACGGAGGCAACGAUGUCAGUAAUGCCAUCGGACCCCUGGUGGCACUGUGGAUGAUCUACGACCAGGGAGGUGUGAUGCAGGACGCCGCCACUCCCAUCUGGCUGCUGUUUUAUGGCGGCAUAGGCAUCUGCGCGGGCUUGUGGGUGUGGGGUCGCCGGGUCAUCCAGACCAUGGGGAAGGACUUGACUCCCAUCACCCCCUCAAGCGGAUUUUGCAUUGAAGUAAUGAGUGCGCUAACAGUGCUUGUUGCAUCAAAUGUGGGCAUCCCCAUAAGCUCCACCCACUGCAAGGUGGGCUCCGUGGUGGCGGUUGGCUGGAUCCGCUCCAAGAAGGCGGUGGACUGGCGCCUCUUCCGGAACAUCUUCCUGGCGUGGUUCGUCACCGUGCCCGUGGCGGGCCUGUUCAGCGCCGCCGUCAUGGCCGUGUUCGUCUACGGCAUCCUGCCCUUUGUGUGACGCGGGGCGAUGUGGCCGGGAGGGAGGGAUAACAAAACCACGGAGCGCCCGAGAGUCUUGAUAGUGCAGGAAGACAGGAAUGACGAAAGGUCGAAGGUGAAGAGAAGGGAUGUGAGGAGGGUUGGUUCACAUGCUGCCUGGCUCUAUUCAACCCUUCAAUGUCGUGCACUUAAAUCCACGCUACAAAAAAAUAACAUGGCUGACAUUCACUUGGUGAUUAUUAAUCCAACAUGCCAGAAAGCGACUGUACAUAUUACUAUUAUCAUUAUAUACAGCAACUGUUGUCUUGCUUCAAAGUGUGUGGUCAACCAACCCAUCUCACUUUCCCCUCAUGCUGUUCUGCAAGGUACAAGGGAGGGAAGGCAAGGCGCCUCGGUGAGGGCCGACGAGACUGUCGCUCUGCUUUUGUUUUUACUGUUUCUUUUUACAUCAGACCGUAGAAAAACCUGAUUCACUACAGAGUUGAUUUGUUUGUAUGGAUGGCUUGUUUUUAAAUGUUCUCUACCGUAAUCUGUACUGUAAAUAGAGGGUGGAAAUCGGGGGGGG